CGCCACAGCAACCGCAUAUACACGCUCACGACGCACACGUCUGGCUGCCAAUCGCACUUCCUACUACCCGGUCGAGGCAGUGCAGGCGCCCUCAUCAAUCCCAGCUGUGUCUAUCCUCUUUCCACACAGUCAAGCAUCACAGCCUGCGACAGUCGCGCCUGCCAUAUAUACCCCCCAGCAUGCUGCACGGACAAAACUUACCAUGGCGGGUUGCCCUUCGCCAGGCUUCGUGUUCCAGUGCGAGGCUCGCCACAUCCCGCGCCUCGUCGCGCUUUCUCCCCGCGCAAUGCACUGCGUCCCGCGUAACUCGACAUGCUCUCCGCUGUCCGUCGCCGCCCGCCGCACUGUUCGCCUCUCGCAGCUUCUCCACAUCACUGAGCAGGCGGAAAGAACGAGACCCCAAGGCGCCGCCGCCUGAGCCGCUGGAAGAGGCGAAAGAGGGGGAGACAGACGAGUCUAAGAAGCUCAAGGAGCACGAAGGGGCUGAGGGCGUGGAGGCCAAGGUCAAGGCAUCUGAGCCAGUCCCCCCAAAAUCCACGUCUGGGCGGGGCAGUGCAGCAGGAGGAGAUGGCUCAUCAGGGUCUGGUGGGGAUGGCGGUGGCAAGAAGCGCAAGGGUUCUGAACGGUCACUCGUCAAGCCUGCAAUUCCAGAUGUCUAUCCACAGGUCAUGGCCAUUCCCCUCGCCAGGCGGCCGCUCUUCCCAGGCUUCUACAAGGCCAUCACCAUACGAGACAGGGAGGUCGGACAGGCAAUCGCCGACAUGGUCAAGCGAGGCCAGCCGUACAUCGGUGCCUUUAUGUUCAAGGACGAUGCCGCCGACAAGGAUGUCAUCGACGAUCCUAGCGAGGUCUACGACGUGGGUACCUUCUGCCAGGUCACCAGCGCGUUCCCAGUCGGCUCGGAAGACAAUUUCGCCAUGACGUGCGUUCUCUAUCCCCAUCGUCGAAUCAAGAUGACGGGGCUCAAGACGCCGAGUGGAGAGAAGGCCCAGAUGGCCACAGUAGAGGAAGUAUCAAUGGCCGAGAACACUCCGGAUGAGGCCGCGGUGAAAGAGGUGACAACGGACCAGGCUAAGGGAGACGUUGUGGCGAGUUUCGAGGAGAGCAGUGAUGAAGCAAAAGCAUCGCAAGAACACGAAGCUAUGACCAUUCUCAGAGAUCGCAAGGUCAGCAUCGCCGAUGUCGAAAAUCUUGUCGAAGAACCUUUUGAUGUCAAGUCCAACAAGACGAUCCAAGUGCUUGUCAACGAGAUCGUCAACACGUUCAAGGGCGUUGCGCUGCUGAAUCCCCUGUUUCGCGACCACGUGUCGACCUUCUCCGUGCACACAAACAUGAAUGUUAGCGAAGACCCUGUCAAGCUGGCCGAUUUUGCAGCUGCAGUUGCGCAAGCCGAAUCCCACGAGCUGCAGUCAGCGCUCGAGGAGAUGGAUGUUGAAAAGCGACUGAGCAAAUCCCUGGAAGUACUCAAGAAGGAGCUCAUGAGUGCCGAACUGCAAAAGAAGGUUUCUGACGACGUCAACGCAAGGGUGUCCAAGAAGCAUCGCGAGUUCAUUCUUAUGGAGCAGAUGAAGGGCAUCAAACGCGAGCUUGGCAUUGAAUCUGAUGGCAAGGAUAAGCUGAUCGAGAAGUUCAACGAAAAGGCCAAUAAGCUCGCCAUGCCUGAGCCUGUGAGGAAGGUCUUUGAGGAGGAAAUGAGUAAGCUCUCUGGUCUUGAGCCCAGUGGGUCAGAGUUCAAUGUAACCCGGAACUACCUUGACUGGCUGACCCAAUUACCUUGGGGCUUGAGCAGCGCGGAGAACUUCGGCAUCAAACACGCCCGCGAUGUCUUGGAUGAGGAUCACUAUGGACUUAAAGACGUCAAGGACAGGAUUUUGGAGUUCAUUGCCGUUGGCAAGCUUCGGGGCACGGUCGAAGGCAAGAUCCUGUGCUUCGUUGGCCCUCCUGGUGUGGGCAAAACUUCGAUUGGUAAAUCUAUUGCCAGAGCCCUGAACCGCCAGUACUAUCGAUUCAGCGUCGGUGGUAUGUAUGACGUGGCAGAAAUCAAAGGACACCGAAGAACCUACGUGGGCGCGUUACCUGGCCGUAUCAUCCAGGCGCUAAAGAAGUGCCAAACAGAGAACCCGCUUGUUUUGAUCGAUGAGAUUGAUAAAAUCGGGCGGAACAGCAAUCACGGCGACCCCGCAGCUGCAUUGCUAGAACUUCUGGACCCAGAACAGAACAACAGUUUCCUCGACCACUAUCUAGACGUGCCCGUGGAUUUGUCAAAGGUUCUGUUUGUUUGCACAGCCAACAUGGCAGACACCAUUCCUCAACCACUUCUCGACCGCAUGGAGGUGAUUGAGUUGUCUGGCUAUGUUGCGGAUGAGAAGAUUGCCAUCGCAGAGAAAUAUCUAGCGCCAGUGGCUAAAGAGAUGAGUGGUCUCAAAGAUGCCGACGUUGUACUCGAGAAAGACGGUAUUGUAGAGUUGAUCAACAAGUACUGCCGAGAGUCUGGCGUUCGCAACUUGAAGAAGCAAAUCGAAAAGGUGUACCGCAAGUCGGCACUGAAGAUUGUGAAUGAAGUUGGCGAAGAUGCUUUACCAGAGUCGGAGGCGCUCACCAGCGAGGGUAAGGCUGCACAGAAAGAAUCCGAGCAGGAUCAUAGCGAUACGAAAGAGACGCCUAGCGACAUUGAGAAGCAAACGACGGAGAAACCCCGCGUGGCACUCAAGGUACCUGACCACGUGCAUGUAUCCAUCACCAAAGACAACCUCAAGGACUACGUCGGUCCACCCAUCUUCACCUCUGACAGAUUAUAUGAUGUCACACCUCCUGGUGUUGCCAUGGGUCUGGCGUGGACGUCGAUGGGCGGCUCUGCCCUCUACAUCGAGUCUAUUCUUCAAAAUGCGCUGACAAGCUCUUCGCAUCCCGGUCUCGAGCGCACCGGCUCAUUGCGAGACGUGAUGAAGGAGUCAACCGGCGUUGCCUACUCGUUUGCCAAGAGUGUUCUUGCCCGUGAAUUCCCCAAGAACAAGUUCUUCGAGCAUGCUAGGAUACAUUUGCAUUGCCCCGAGGGCGCAGUACCCAAGGACGGGCCUAGUGCGGGUAUCACCAUGGCGUCGAGUUUGCUGGGUCUAGCACUAAACACGGAGGUCAAGGAAGGUGUGGCUAUGACGGGCGAAUUGACGCUCACUGGCAAAGUAUUGAGGAUCGGGGGUCUGAGGGAGAAGACAGUAGCGGCGAGAAGAGCAGGUGCAAAGAUGGUCAUUUUCCCGCACGACAAUACGAGUGAUUGGCUAGAGCUACCAGAGAACAUCAAAGAAGGGAUCGAAGGCCGGCCUGUGGCGUGGUACCACGAAGUCUUUGAUCUAGUGUUCCCGGGCCUCGACAAGGACAGUGCGAGCAAGCUAUGGGACAAGGAGCUCAAGAGCAAGAAGGGGGAUCGCAAAAAGAAAGAGCAAAAGAGAAAAGAGGAAGAGGAGGAAGAGUCUGGUGAAGAUGAUGAUUGAGCGAUAUAGACGUGUAUAGUAUUUUGGUGUAUACAGCGCAUCUCCUGGCGUUUUUGCAUUUGCAAGCUAUUGCUGGUGCAUGGCUGUCACGAUGUUGGAAUAUGGAUCUCGACUCUAGAGCACGUGGCAUGGUGGCAUUUCUGUACGUGGUGUAUGUAUAAUAAAUUCUGCCAACGUGGUGUGAUUCGCUGCGCUUACCUCGCUACGGCGCGCUGAGACGAGCGUGAACGCGGUUGACGUGUCGACGCCAGGGGCGAGGACAACGCAUACCAUGGCCUGAGGAGGGAUGAUGAUGCGAACACGAGGGAGCGAAUGACGGCUGCAGAUGAGCAGGAGGCUGGUGUUGUCCAUGCAAGUAAAGAUGGUUCUGUUGACGAUGC